CCUCUCCCCUCUCUAUCCCUCUAAGCUGUCGGUCAUAUAUAGUUGUGUAUAUAUAUUGUCUCUGAUCUGUGAUAAAGAGAGGAACUUGAUGCUUCCUUUGCUGUUUCUGCAAGUACCCACAGUUGGCAAAAAUUGAUCUUUCUUGUAGAAUUUAAGCAAGCAUUUGAUGCUCUUAAGGGUACCAUCCUAUGCCCUUUAUAGGUUUACAGUGUACUACUGCCCUCAGACUCUGUUCAUAAUAUUCUGUUUCCCUCUGCAAUUUCAGUAGAAUUAAGUGCUUUUUGGUCAAUUCUCGCUACCCCAUACUCAGAAUAUCAAGUAUUCCUAAAACUGUGAUUCUUGUGGAGUUAUUGAGUUUGCAAUUCGGAGCUUUUUCUGUUGAGCAGCGGGUAUUUUUUGCCCAAAUAAGACCUUGUUUGGCACCAUUUUCGUUUCAGUUUUUAGAUUCUUGCUUUCUUUGUAUUAUAAUUACGUGCUUAAUUUUGUUGAUUAUAAUUUACCGUGGAAUAUCAUAGAUAAAAGAGGGGGAAUAAAGGGAAUCUGCUUUUUUUCAUUAAUCCGGUGAGCUGUUGCUUAUCAAUUCCCUUUCAAUUUUCCACUGUCUACUUUAAGGUAAGAUUCAUACUUUUUCUAUAUGAUGAUGAAAUAGACUUCAUCCUAGGGUUCUUGAAAUGGGGGUUUAAGUAGAUUUUAUGCUUAGUAUAUUGGAUUUUUCAUCUUUUCCUUUGUGCCGUUGCAAGAUGCUGCAAUAAGGGGUUUCUUUUGCUUUUCUUUAACUUGCAUUCUCAAUUCUGUAAAGCUGCCAAGAUUAUUUGUUCCUUGUUGAGUGUUGCAAGAUAUUACCAGCUAUUUUUAGUCAAACCCUCACUUUUCCUUUUAGUCAGAUAGUUCCUUCUGUUAUACAACUCUAUCAGGUUCAGGUUCUAGUUUUUUGUUGAAUUAGGGGGUGACUCGAAGUUAGGUUGAAAUAUUAGUUCUAAAAUUCUUGGGAUUUUCUCGAUCAUGGAUAGUGAGGAUAAUGUGGGUAGGAGAUUCCAGCAGAGGAAAGGGGAUAGCAUUCUGAAUUGCCCCUCUUCUGGGAUUGUUGAGAAUUCAAUAUACGAAAAGGUUCCAGGAACAGGAAUGAGUUCAGAAUCCAUGUUCAAGAUGAGAAAUGGGGUAGACCAUUUUUAUGGUUCAGGUUGGGAUACCAUUGUUUCAUUGAAUCCGAGUGGGAAUUUCGGAGGUUCUUCGGUUGUUCCUCGAAAUGAGUUUCCCGAUUCAAAUUAUUCAGUUGUGCUGGAAAAUCAAACCGUUAAUUUCCCAUCCGAGUCAGGUUUAGUUGAUAUGAUGCCAAAGAUUCCGAGUUUUGGAAGUGGAAGCUACCCAGAAAUGGUCAGUUCUUUCCCGGUGACAGAGUGUGGCCCAAUUACUGGAACCAUACGUCAUCCAACUUAUGCUCGAAACAAUGUUAGCGGAUUUGAGAUGGCCUUAACAAACGUUGCAGAUUCUCAGGAGCAUUGCCAAAAUUCAGAAGAUGGAGUAGUAGGAGUUUCACCUAAUGGAAAGAGGAAAAGAAAAGUAUCAAUGGGAGCUUCACCUAAGAAUAUUGAAGUUGAAUGCCAGAAGGAUCCACCCGAGGACAUUUCUGAAUUCCCAAACGAAGAAUAUGAUAAGAAACAGAAAUUUGAACAAAAUGCUGGUGCAAAUUUGCGCAAUAAGCAAGUGGUUAAACAAGCUAAGGAUAGUUCUACUACUGCAGAACCUUCUAAAGAAAAUUACAUACAUGUAAGAGCCAAAAGGGGACAGGCAACAAAUAGUCAUAGCCUUGCAGAAAGGGUGAGAAGAGAGAGGAUUAGUGAAAGAAUGAGAUUGCUGCAAGAAUUGGUUCCUGGCUGCAAUAAGAUCACUGGGAAAGCGGUGAUGCUUGAUGAGAUUAUAAACUAUGUUCAAUCGUUGCAACAACAGGUUGAGUUUUUGUCAAUGAAACUUGCAACUGUAAAUCCAGAAUUGGACACUGAUAUAGAUCGGAUUUUAUCCAAAGAUAUACUUCAAUUUCGAGGUAACAAUCCAGCUGCUCUCGGAAUUGGUUCUGGAUUGAGUUCGUCUCAUCCUUUCCCGGGAUUUUCCCCAGGAACUUUUGGUGUCCCAGGUGCUAAUCCUCCAUAUCAUCCCUUACCUCAGGCUCUUUGGAACAAUGAUCUUCAAAGUAUUCUCCAAAUGGGAUUUGAUGCUAAUCCCCCGAGUAGCAAUUUGGGACCAAAUGGACCGUCGAAAAUGGAGCUAUAGAUUUUGUUUGGAAGCUUAAAAGUUAUUGUUCCGGCUAACUGAGUGGAGGUUUCGUUCCAAAGUAAACAGUAAACGACGCUUAAACUUCUCUUUUUCUGGUGCUGUAUAGGUUCUCAGUUCCUAACUUUCUGUUCUUCGAAUUUUAGCAGAAGAAAAUGAAUUUAGAUUUAUGAAGCCAUGUAAAUUUUGAGCUUGACUUUGAUUUCUGAAGGUGAUUAUUUUCAUUCAUGUUUUAUAGAGUAAAAAUCGUGUUAGCUUUAUGAAAGAGGCAAAUUGAAAGAAAUUUAUUUUUUCAUGUAAAAGUGCAAUAUAGAAAAUGAGUGUUGGUACUAAUGUUAUAUCUUAUGCUGUUUUA